AUUGUUUACGAGGAUGACUUGAACGCAGCAUUUUACACACAGUUAAAUCAUUGCCAACGAGUGCAGGAGGAGAGCAGAAGUAACUGAGGCUGAGGGGAAAUCAUUCACUGAUCAUCGCUGAACCAAACUGAGCAAGCAUCCACCAAUAAACAUUGUUUUACAUCAUGGAGCAGAAACAAACCAUCAACUUUGGCGCCGGACCUGCAAAACUCCCCCAAUCCGUGCUGCUUCAAGCACAGAAGGAGUUCCUCAGCUACAGUGGAAUGGGUAUAAGCGUGCUCGAGAUGAGUCACCGAUCUGCGGAUUUUAACAACAUCCUCACCAAAACAGAGAGUCUCUUGCGGGAGUUGUUAACCAUCCCGGACAACUAUAAGGUGUUGUUCCUACAGGGCGGGGGGUCUGGGCAGUUCAGUGCUGUUCCUCUCAACCUGAUCGGACUCAAAGAGGACACAUGUGCCGAUUACCUGGUGACCGGCACAUGGUCAGAAAAAGCAGCAAAAGAAGCGGAGAAAUACGGGAAAGUCAACAUUGUCCACCCGAAGCUGGACAGUUACACGAAAAUCCCCGACCCCAGCAGCUGGACCCUGAACCCCUCAGCCUCCUACGUGUACUACUGUUGCAACGAGACGGUUCACGGCGUGGAGUACAACUUCACCCCCGAAACUAACGGGGUGACCCUUGUCAGCGACAUGUCCUCCAACUUCCUGUCCCGACCUGUGGAUGUGUCAAAGUUUGGGCUGAUUUUCGCCGGAGCCCAGAAGAACGUGGGUUGUGCUGGGGUGACUGUGGUGAUUGUGCGGGAGGACCUGCUAGGCCACGCUCUGAACGAUUGUCCCAUUGUGCUGAACUACAAGGUGCAGGCUGACAUGAACUCCCUCUACAACACACCGCCAUGUUUCAGCAUCUACAUCAUGGGUCUGGUUCUGGAGUGGAUCAAGAACAAUGGCGGCAGCGCUGCUAUGGAGGCCCUCAACAAGCAGAAGUCCUCCAUGAUUUACGACAUCAUCAACGCCUCUAACGGUUUCUAUGAGUGUCCUGUUGAUGAAACCUGUCGUAGCCGCAUGAAUGUACCAUUUCACAUCGGGAGUAAAGAGGGGGAUGAAGGCUUGGAGAAGGAGUUUCUGGCUGGCGCUUCAAAGCGUGGAAUGAUAUCGCUUAAAGGACACAGGUCAGUUGGAGGAAUUCGUGCCUCUCUUUACAAUGCUGUCACACUGGAGGACGCUGAAGCCCUGGGCACCUAUAUGAAAGUAUUCAUGAAAGAGCACUAAUAAGUUGGCUAUGCUUACAUUUAGCUGAUAUGGCACACAGCAGUACAUUACUCCAGUACCUCUGGUUUAUCUGUAGUUGAGAUCCAUGUUGGAUCUGGAAGGUGCACCUUUAGACAUGUUUUGUAUAACCCUUUCGUUGUUAAUAACUCCUGUUGCCAGUUAUUUGUUAAUUCCAUUUGUUAUUAUUUUAAUGAACAUGUUGCCUAACAGUGCGUUGAUGUACAUACUUUAGGUAAUUCUUGUUACUUCAAAUUACUGUUAAAAUUGUAUUAACAUUCCAGUAAAUCGAAUUUGGCAAUACU